CCGGCUCGCGGGGCUCCUCCGCCAAUCGUCUCGUGGCUUCUUGGGCCGUGGCUCCGCCCCUUGCGUCAGCGAAGGACAAAGUCACCGCGCCGGGCCCACGGUCAGCCUCUGCGCCCAGCUGCGGCCCGAGCAGCGUUGUGCGCCCGCCGCCAUCUUAGGAGGUCGCCAUGUUCUCGUCCAUCGCGCCGCUCGCGCGGCUCAACCCCUUCUACGCGCCGCACUUCCAGCUGUGCCAGGAUGGGCUGAGGAGGCGCGCGGAGCCGGCCGAGGCGCCCACCACGCGGCGGAGCCUGGCGGCCGCGUCCGCCACCGAAGAAUACAGUUGUGAAUAUGGCUCGCUCAAGUUUUAUGCUCUCUGUGGCGUUGGUGGGGUCCUAAGUUGUGGCCUGACACACACUGCUGUCGUACCUCUGGAUUUAGUGAAAUGUCGUAUGCAGGUUGAUCCACAAAAAUACAAGAGCAUCUUCAAUGGGUUUUCAGUGACAAUCAAAGAAGAUGGAGUUCGUGGCUUGGCUAAGGGAUGGGCUCCAACCUUUAUUGGAUACUCCAUGCAGGGGCUUUGUAAAUUUGGUUUCUACGAAGUUUUCAAAAUCCUGUAUGGCAACAUGCUGGGGGAGGAAAAUGCCUAUUUGUGGCGUACUUCAUUGUAUUUAGCUGCAUCUGCCAGUGCCGAGUUUUUUGCUGACAUUGCUCUGGCUCCAAUGGAAGCUGCUAAAGUUCGCAUUCAGACACAGCCUGGAUAUGCUAACACUCUACGGCAAGCUGUACCUAAAAUGUUUGGAGAAGAAGGCAUUUGGGCUUUCUAUAAAGGUGUUGCUCCACUGUGGAUGAGACAGAUUCCAUACACAAUGAUGAAAUUUGCCUGCUUUGAACGUACUGUUGAAGCUCUCUACAAGUAUGUUGUUCCUAAGCCACGAAGUGAAUGUUCAAAAGGAGAACAGCUGGUAGUCACAUUUAUUGCAGGCUAUAUUGCUGGUGUGUUCUGUGCAAUUGUUUCUCAUCCUGCUGACUCCGUGGUGUCUGUGUUGAACAAGGAAAAGGGCAGUUCUGCUUCACAGGUUCUUAUGAGGCUUGGAUUCAGAGGUGUCUGGAAAGGUCUGUUUGCUCGUAUCAUUAUGAUUGGUACCCUGACUGCGCUACAGUGGUUCAUCUACGAUUCUGUGAAGGUUUAUUUCAGACUUCCUCGUCCACCUCCACCUGAAAUGCCAGAAUCUCUGAAGAAGAAGCUUGGUUUAACUCAGUAGACAGCUCAUGGACUGACUUCGCUGGCUGUCCAGUGAUGAGUUUCAUGAAACUUUUAUAUAUUUGACUAUGUGGAAAACAAAGUCUAUAUGGUGUCAUUAUUGGCUGUACCCUCAUCCCAUAUGAGGGUUUAAAUUCUACCACUGUCAUUGCCUGAAAUAAAUGAGAAACAGAGUGCUUAGUGUCUGUUUACUACUGCAUAUAUAAGCUUCAUUUCACAGCAGCAAAUGCCUCAAAUACUUCCCAAAGUGAAAAAUAAAAAAUAGGCCUUUCUACACUUCAGGAAUUAGAAAAGAAAAUUGUGAAACAACUGCAAGAAAAAAGGUUGUCAUUGUUCCCAGAGGAGGGCCAAGAAACUCUCCAUGCAGUAUUGAACUGCAGUUGUAUGCUUUUUUUUUUUUUUCAGUCCUGUUUCACCUGCCUCUGUUAAGCUGUUAUUGUAGAAUAGAUCAACUCUGCAAUGAAGGAGAUAAAACUGCAGUCUGAUAGGACGUCCUGGUUAUAGCAUCUGCGUUCUCCAUAGAGUUGAGGGAGAAUCUUAUAAUACAAGGAACUCUUUGCAUUGGGGUGGUCACUCCAACAUAUAAAUUAUGCUUACUUGACUAAUUUCUGCUUCUCUUGGCUUUGAGCUGCACCAAAGAUGUUAGUUGUUUCACUUGUACUGUGGAAUUAAAUUGUAGCAGCUAUUUUGACAAAAACAAAGGUGAUGUUAAUAAAGAUUCUCAGAGGUAUCCAACCACUAAAAGCUUAAAUUUAAAAUGGCCUGUCUCUACAGUAAGAGAUUGAACGUGCCAACUUUUUCUUAAGCUUGACAUUUCUAUAGUUUGAUUUAUUCUCCUGUGCCCCCCCACUGUUUUUUUUUGGCUUAACUAGUUUAAUACUGAGUUUUAGUUGAACCAUGCAUUUCUGCAGGUCUGUUUUCGGACCUUAAUGAUUUGAAGAAAUCUGAGCUUGUAGGCGUGCAAGGAGAGAAACUUGAGCAAUGUUUUAUCAAGGCAAUGAAUUUUGUUUCCAGUAUUUAACAUAGAAGAUAAGCAUGCUGCCUUGUGAGUUUUGCCUGUUCAGCAGGCAACAGUUGAUAAUCACAGUGAGUAAAAUUCAGAAAAUGCCUCUUAGUUAUUAAGGGUUCAUCAUCUCCAGUAUUACUUUGCUCGCUCAGUAGAGCUGGAGCAUGUGUCCUUUUUGCAAAACUUCUGUAUGUUGCCUUUCAGCGUUCAAGCUGGUGAUGAGCAGUCUGCUCUGUUGGAGUAGCACAAAUAUAUUGACCGCUGCAUCCUACUGAGGUCUAAUAUGCCUGCUACCAUUUUACAUAGCACUGAGAUCCCUGCCACUUGGAAAAACCCUUUGACUUUCCAAGAUUUUGGGAUGGUUAUGCUAAACAAGCAAGCUAACCUUCAUUUCGAUUUGCUCCCUUUCUAAAUGCAGCGUAAAAUCUAAAACUCUUCUAUUUCCCUUUUCCACUGACACUAAACACAUUCUUACAGUGGUUGGUAACUAACAGCAUUAUGCUACAAAGUCAAAUUGCUGAAGUCUAAAUAAAACACUUGCACGAAUAGCGUAGACUGAAUUUCAGUAAUAAAAGUACAUAUGUCUUGUUGCCCCCAUUGCUAGUAGGAAGCUUUGAAGUUAUUUAAUGAAACAUGAAAUGCUCUUAAGAGUUUGUCUGGAGGAGCGCAUUAACUACAAACUUGAUCUUACAUCAAGACCACUGAUGCUAAAUCAGUUUCUGAAAUUACCUUUAGUAUGUGGUUCAACUUAACAGGUAAAAAAAAAAAUAGCAUCCCUUGUGCACUGAGUAGCACAAUUUGUUUAAAGGCAUAUUUUAACCCACUGGACUUUACUAAAAACAUCUCAACUUCUUUCUAAUCUGGGAAGGUGAACCACUUCUAUGAACUUUUAAGGCUGGCAGAAGAGUUAAAACAGACCUUGCUUUAUAUGGCAGGGUAAUCCGACUGUCAAGUAAGCCAAUAUUAAGGUAAAUUGCACAAGACUUUCCUGUCAUUUUAUGGGUGGAGCAAAAUGGUGCAGUUUUCCUCUAGAAAGACCUGGGCUACCUUUGUGCAGCUGUAAGCAUGUGCAGUAACAAGAGAACAUUAUUUUUGCUCUAAGGUGAACCUGAAGCUGUCCUUUGAAAGAUUACCUUUAUCAAGGUCAAUCUGAGAUAAGUCUACAAAGGACAGUUAGAUCUCCUUUUCUUUUGUAACUGAGAAAGGCAAACUAGGCCUAGUUCUACUUCCACUAUUCUGUUUCAGUGGAAAACUUGAAAGGGAGCUGCUGACUCUGGCAGCUGCAGCUGCUAACUGUUGAUUUUCAGCCAUAGGCUUGUUUGGAUGCUUGAGAUGCUGUAACGUAGAAAAUUCCGUUGCACAAAAGGUCAUCCACUGAAAUCUUAACAGCUUCAGUGGGAAAAUGGUGGUAUUAAAAUGUAUUUAAAAGUCAACUUUGUCAUUAAUAACUGUGCUUUAUAGCAUAAUGUGUAGUAUGUUUUCUGAAAGUAGAGAAGAUGAGUGGGAGAGCCACGGUACUUUAGGUGGGCUUGGUGGCUGUUACAAAGUCUGGAUCAGAAAGGAGCACUCCUCUGGAAUAUAUAACUAAGUUAACCUCGGAACAAUCAUUAAACCCAAGAGUGCUUCAGAAAACAUGGAUUAUGUAUAUGCUGCUUGUGUAUAUUGUUUUAUGAGGGAGAAAACAUACUCUCUUAAUAUUUAUGGAGCUGAGAUCUGCUUUCUGGUUGAAAACAUACUGCCUAUAUAAAUUUGGAAUAAGAACUUUCACACCCUGUGCUUGUAUUAGAUUGUACUACAGAUCAAAUACGCUGAUGUUGCUAAUACUUGCUGAAAUGCUUGUUACGUAUCAUUUUAAACUGGGCUAUAAUAAUACAAAUAGUUGUAAUUCAUUUACAUUUCUACAUAGAAAUGUAGUUCACAGUGAAAACAAUAAAUCCUGUUUUUUAUAGUGAA